GUCUCCUGUGGCGGUCCAUUCUGUUUCAGAGUAUCGAUCUCUAUUGUGACUGCAAUCCUGUAGGGGGAAGUGUCCUUUGUGCAAACUCCUUGGGCUGGUUUCUCAAUCUUGAUUAUUGAUCAGUGGCGGAGAAUUACAUAAAACCCUGUUCCCCCGCAGUUCUAAGCAGUUCUCUGUACCCCGAUGUACACAAGGCCGGCCGGUUCAUGCGGGUCACAUGGACAACUAACGUCCUCUGUGAAGAUUCAAGUGCCGUCAAAAUUUUGGAAAGUAGAGUUCAAUUGGAAGGUCACAGGCAGUAUCAUCGGACUAGACUUGCUCAGUAUCGGUCGGACAUUGAUUAAGACGGAAAGAUGGCUACAAUUCCCACGGGUACAAUCUUAGCAGCACAGAGGUGUCGUGAGGUACAGCGUCAUCAGAAAUUGGCUUCGUUGCGGUCAGAGCCCAUCGGUAUUGCUGGGUCUCCGAUAGGAUCUCCAGACUGCACACCUCCGGCUAGCCCAAGAAAAACAGAGUCUGGUGUUAACACAUUUGCCAAGCUCUACCAGCUGAUCCACCCCCGCUCCAUGCCCCAGGAAGGGGAGAUAGGGGCUCCUGGUAGCCCCCGCCAAGGGGCAUCCCAUUCCAAAUUCUCCCAGCUCCUUCACCAUCGCUCCAUGUCCCACGAGAGCGAUGCGACGUCCCCUCCUAUGAGUCCUACCAGCCCAGGAUUAGAUGCAUCCCAUUCCAACCUUUCUCCCAUCAUGCAUCACCAGGAGACAUCGGUCGGAGGGUCAGCGAGCGGCCACACCCAGAGCCUGGAGGCGUCACACCACACCUCCUCCAUCACCUCCAUGACGUAGAUUAACCAUACAUAAAACCCAACCAAGACGUCGUCGCGCUGCCAGGCACGACCCAACAUACCCACAGAGCUCUUUCUCCGAGUGAAACUGGAAAAGGAACCUGUGUUUUGUUGCAAUAUCAUAUAUGCUAAAGAUAUACUUGUAGAAAUGCCAUGUUGUGCACUGUAUGGUGCUUUAGUGCAGACCCCUAUUGGGGCAUUGAUUUGUGUGUGUGUGUGUGUGUUGUCUGUGUAAAAUAUAGUGAAUAUAUGUUUUUUAAUGGCAGUUAUAGAGUUGAUUUUCACUUUAAACAGUAACAUUCUUUUUCUAUCAUUGUGCUAUUGAUUGCUAUGAGGGCCCCAUAGAUUUUUGAACUAUUUGUGGCAGAUAUACCACCCAAAGAUUUUCUUUGCCCGAUCUGAGUGACCCUAUUAUUUGAGUUACCUCACAGAAAGUGUUGGCAGUAGAGGGCAUGCUCUACCACAAGUUGGCUUUUGGACAAAUAAGAGCUUCAGCAGAUGAUUUUGCAAUUAUUUUAGUUCUUUAAACUUGGAAUAAACAUGGACUGUAGUGCCUUACUUCCUGAUCUGUCUUUUUGCAGAACAACAACAAAAUGGGGUAAAAUAUUACUUUAUUAUUAUUAUCAUAGAUUUAAAACAUAUAUAAGGUGUGUAAUCUUAUUUACACAUUCUCCUAUAAAAAAUUAAGAAAAAAGGAUGUCAGAGUAUGGGCUCUAAAGAAGACUUGUGGAAAUUAUGUUUCUAAUAUCUUUCUGUUUUCUAUAGAAAGUUUUUCUCUUUUAUGAUAUUGAGUAAAAAAAUUGGAAAUUGUAUAUGCAUGUAUAUGAAAACAUGUCAUGUGAUUGUGAAUAGAUUGCUCGUAUUUGUUUGUAGUUCUUUUAAAAGCGAUGUGAUAUUGAUGUAUUAUCAAACAGAUCAUGUGGGUAGUUAUCCAAAGAUUGAACAUUCUGCAUUCCACAUGGUUGUGCGAACCAUUAAUUUAUCAAGAUGUUGCUGAAGUACUGUAUAUUCAGAGACCAAUUUUGUGAAACUAUGUUCAAAUGAAACUUUUCUGAAGGUGCAAAAGGUGUUUUGGGGCCGUGUUCAGUAAAAAAAUAGUGGGUAUAUUAAAGUGAUCUAUAGCAAUUGCCCUGGAAAGCAAGUACCUCUUUCUAGGGAUGUAGUUGAGGCAUGUCUCAAGGUCACAUUUUGCCGGCCUUGGCCCUAGCUUUAGGCCGAGUCACAUGUAAAAAGUCUAUGGGAGGUUUCCUCCAGUACGUGAUUCAGAAAUUCCGGCCUCCAGCAGCACAUCCCUGCCCCUUUCCUAAAAUAUCUUUCUGGUUUGCCAAAAUGUUGAUGUGAAACCACUUAGGUUGUCUAAAUAUUUGUGCCAGGCAGUGUUGGUUCCGGCGAGGAAGCCAGCUCAAAUCUAAAGCUUGUACGCUUGCCUGUGUUCGUGGUUACGCCUGGUGCUUUUGCCUGCUCCAAAAAAGCUUUGGCCUGCCAUCUUGGCCGAGUGAAAGACUUGGGUUGAACAGGUUUUGACAAGCCAGAGGAUCAUUUAAGCUGACCCAAAUCUCUGUUUUGAUGGGAUUGGGGUUUCAAAUUGGCAACCGGAUGGGCAAUUCAUAAAGAUGUUGGUAAUUUACGAGCGACUGACUGGUGAUCCUUUCUUGUGUUGAAUGAUAUACACCAUCCAUUGAUAUUGAUUUAGUGCUUAAGAAAGGAUCACCAGUCGUUCGUGAAGUCGCUCUUAACUUAUGAACAGCUUUAUGAAACACCUGCAUGUACUAGUUUUACUUAAAGAAAUAGAGCUAGUUAUAUUGCUAAUCAGUAUUUUUAUAAAAAGAAAUUUGGAUGUGAAUCAAAUUCAUAGAGUCUAUUUAUUUCAAAGCCAGAUAUAUCAUCUUUGAUAUGGAGAUGCAAGAAAUCCAAAUUGUGGAUAAAAACAGUAUUUUGUACAUAUAAUUAUGAGAACUUUGUUUAAUAAUGAAUCACCAUUUAACAAUAAGAAGACUUGUGUUGAGAAAAUCAUGGAAUAAAAUACUUGUUGCACAAUAUUUUAGAGUUUUAUUUGAAAACGUUCAAUGUUCUAGGUGAGGUGAAAUAUAUAUACGAUGUAAAAUGAUUCUAUUUUUUGAAAAAUAUACAUGGGUUGAAACCCAAUUGUAAUAUCUUUUGUACCAUAAAGCCGAUGACAUAAUCAUUAUAAUAGUUUAUCUAUUUUAUUUUGGGGUAUACUAGAGUAGUACCUCAUGUUAUAGAUGCUAAAGGACAAGUCCACCCCAACAAAAAGUUUAUUAGAAUUAAAAGAGAAAAAUCUAACAAGCAUAACACUGAAAAUUUCAUCAAAAUUGGAUAAGAAAGUUGUAACAUUUUAAGUUUCGCUUAAUUUCACAAAAUAGUUAUAAAAUAUGUACAUCCUGGUCGGUAUGCAAAAUAAGGGAACUGAUGACAUCACUCACUAUUUCUUUUGUAUUUUAUGAUAUGAAAUAUUCUAUUUUUCUCCUCAUCAUCCUGUGAAACAAAGUUUUAUUUGUGCCAGAACAUGUGGAAUUACCAUUGUUUAAUAUGUUAUGGUUCAGUCAAGUUGGUCCUUAAUGUCACAUCUGUAAAAAUGGAAAUAUUGUAUAAUUCAAAAAAUCAAAAACAUAAGAAAUAGUGAGGGACAUCAUUGAUUUUCUCAUUUGCAUGCAACUAAAUUGUGCAUAUAACUAUUUUGUAAAGACAUAAGUGGAACUUUAAAUUGUCAUAACCUUAUUUUACAUCCAAUUUUGAUGAAAUUUUCAGCAUUAUGCUUGUUUAAUUUUUCUCUAUUGAUUUAUAUCAACAUUUUUCUGAGGUGGACUUGACCUUUAAUAGUGCCUAUCAUGACAUUUAUCAUUCUCAGAGAUCAAGUUUUCAUAUUUUCAUUUGAAACUAACCAUGUUUUAGAGCUUUUUUAACAUAAAUUUUGUUAUAUGUGAAUAACAUAAUAGUAUUAUCUUCCGAGAGAAUCACGGAUCAGGGAUUUUGACCAAUGAUACUGCCAGUGAUUAAUUGAUUCAGUAUUGUUAUCUUGAGAGUUACUAAUAAUCUCAUAUCAAAAUUAUGACUUGCCUUUCCCCUCUUAACAAAUAGAAUUAACAAAAUAUAAUUUUGACUCUUUAUUUGCAAUACAAAAUCGACAAUGUAUUCCUUAUUCUUAGCUUAAAAUAUACAAUAUAUAAAAAAAUACAGUAAAAACAUUAAACGCGAGUACACUAACAUUAGAAUUAUAUAUUUCUACUGAGAUGGUAGCCAUAUUUAAGCCAUAUUUACAACCGACCCAAGGGAAAUAUUCAGGGAAUAUUUAGGAUUUGUCCCCCAUAGAAAUAAGUAAAUAACAUGUGUGUAUCAGCAACAUAAAACAUUUGCACUAUUUAAUUGUAAUUGAUGUAUAUUGUACAGGAAAUGUUCAUGAUUUCAUCAAGAGAAAUAAUUUUCAUGUACUGCAUGUAUCUAUUAAAGAUAAAAUAUUCAGAAAUGUAAAUAACAAGUGAAAGUCAUUUUGAAAUGAAAGGAGGCAGUAUAAAAAUAUGGGGGAGCUAUCUACUUCUGUUUGAUAUUCGGAGGAUUAGAUACAUAGUUGUCAUAUUUAGGUGCAUUUGAUGCAUGUUUCAUUGUGAUUAAUAUAGGCUAUGUAAAUAUGAAAUCUGUCUAUAUUGGUCGUUACCGACAAAGGGCCUUUUCACACAUGAAUAUUGAAUCAUCAUUGUAAUGGUGAUUGCAAUUCAUCUUUAGAAUCAUCGGACCUUUCACACGGAAAAUUUGUACCGUAAUUUUAGUGAAACCUUAACUGGAAUUCAGUUCACCUCCGUAGUAGAAUUUGAAUUCAUGAUUGUGAUUAGCAUUCAUGAUUCUAGUUUGGUUUCACAUGUGCUAAAAAUUUGUCAUUAGCCUUAUUUUUCACUGGAAUCAUCAGUCAAAUUACAAUUUUUUUUCCUGUGUGAAAGGGCGGUUAGAUUUACCAAAAAUUUGAGAACAAAGUUAUUCAAUUAAUGAUAAUCGUUUCCCCCUUGAAUAUUAAAGAUCCUACCCAAAUUUAUAUUUUCAUACACCAUGCAUCAUUUAUGUAUUGAAGGAAAUAUAAGCUAUUACUAUCAUAUGAAGUAUUAGGGAUUAUGGGUGAGAAAACAUGUGCUGCAAGAUGCCGCCUUCUUGCAUUCAAUGUUAUUUUUUUUUAUCCAGUCUUCAUAUAUUUAUAUUAAAAAUUCAAAUUAACACAUGGAAAUUCACCCCAAGUCCACAAUAAAGCAAUAUGUAAGAGUGUCUACAUAUAUCAGUAUUUAGUCCAGAGGGUCAUUCGAUUUGGGGGCAUGAAGAAACUUAUUUUUUUUAAAUAUGCCCCAUUGUACUGUUGAACAUUCUGUCCAAGAUAGGAUUUUUUUUUUCAUUUUUCCUGAAAAUAAAUAAAAUGUAUUAAAUGUUUUUCAGAGAAUAUAUUUUGAAGUGUGUAAAUGCAUCCAGUAAUUCAUGCAUGAACUUUUUCCCAUUAUCCAUUAGACUAUCAUCUUGGUCAUUGAUUUUUAAGAUUUUUUUUCAGCGUGUUUUUAUCCAAACAUUGAUUUGUGUGGACAAUACAAUGCCAGACUUUAUCAUUCUCUCCAUGUUCUUUUGUUUUUUGUUGUAUUUUACCACUUUUCCUGCCAAAGAAAUGAGAAUAAAAGUUUUCAAAUAUGCUGAGGAUCAAAAA